GGAAGGUGACACAUGCUUUCAGUUUCAUAUCACACAUUAAGACUAAGGGUGAAAAGCCAUGGCUGACAAGGUCCUGAAAGAGAAGAGGAAGCUGUUUGUCCGUUCAGUGGGUGCGGGCACAAUAAAUGGCCUGUUGGAUGAACUAUUAGACCAGAGAGUGCUGAACCAGGAGGAGAUGGACAAAGUAAGAUAUGAAAAUGCUACAGUUAUGGAUAAGGCCCGAGUUUUGACUGACCUUGUCAUUCUGAAAGGGCACGAGGCAAGCCAAAUAUUUAUCAAUCAGAUUUGUGAAGAGGACACCUACCUUGCAAAGAUGCUGGGGUUCUCCUCAGGUCUACAGUCUGAAAAUAUUCCAGAACCCGAAGCAGUGAUUCUUCCCAUCCUGGGUAAUGCUCUUCAGACAGUGCAAAACAACCCAGCUAAGCCUGAAUUCCCAGGACCAGAAGGGAGCCUCAAGCUUUGUCCCCCAGAAAGAGCUGAAAGGAUAUGGAGAGAAAAGUCAACAGAGAUUUACCCAAUAAUGGAAAGAUCAACUCGCACACGUCUUGCCCUCAUUAUCUGCAACACAGAGUUUGACAAUCUUUCUAGGAGAGAUGGAGCUGAUGCUGAUAUCAGAGGUAUGAGGAUGCUAUUAGAAAGUCUGGGAUACACCGUGGAUGUAAAAGAAAAUCUCACUGCUCAGGAAAUGACUAAAGAGCUGGAGGCAUUUGCUGCCCGCAAGGAGCACAAGACCUCUGACAGUACUUUCGUGGUGUUCAUGUCUCAUGGUAUUCGGGAUGGCAUUUGUGGAAAGGAAUACUCUGGAAAUGUCACAGAAGUAUUACAAAUCAACACCAUCUUUCAAACUUUGAACACCUUGAAAUGUCCAAGUUUGAAGGACAAACCCAAGGUGAUCAUUAUCCAAGCCUGCCGUGGUGGGAACCAAGGGAUGGUGUGGUUACAAGAUUCAGUAAAAGCUUUUGAAGACAGCUCCGCCCAAACUCCAGAAGAUUUGGAGUGUGAUGCCAUUAAGAGAGCCCAUAUAGAGAAGGAUUUUAUUGCUUUCUGUUCUUCAACACCAGAUAAUGUUUCUUGGAGACAUCCCACACGGGGCUCUCUUUUUAUUAUGAAACUCAUUGAACAUUUGAAAGAAUAUGCCUGGUCCUGUGACCUAGAGGAAAUUUUCCGAAAGGUCCGAUUUUCAUUUGACUUACCAGAUUGUAAGGCACAGAUACAGAUGCCCACUGCUGAAAGAGUGACACUGACAAAAUGUUUCUACCUCUUUCCAGGACAUUAAAAUAAGAAGCCAGGAGCUUUGUCAUUCUGCACCUGUGUUUGGAAUCAUGUCUGCAAAACACACAUUUCUUGAGCCAUUCCAAUAAAUCUGAAAUAAAAAUGAAA